AUGAUCAUCUCUGACAUAAAAUGGGUUCUGGACCUGCAAACUCUAGACAAAAAACAAAAAGAAGAGUGGGAGUGGGAGCAGUGGGCGCUGCCGCCGACCACGUUCAACGCGACCGAGUCGGCCGCCUACCGCGGCCCGGGUCCGCGCGUCGGCGCCUCGCUGUGGAGGGACCGCGCCGGGCGCUCCUGGUGGCUGUUCGGCGGCCGGCAGAGGGCGGCGCACGCCGGGGACGUCCUCAAGGUAUACUCUGACCUGUGGCGGUACGACGUGGCGGAGACGCGCCGCUGGUCGCGGGUCUUCCCCAGCGACGACGGCAGAGCCAAGGCUAGCGGCAUCGUGAUGCUGCGCGCCUGGCUGCAGUCCGCAUUCGCCGCCGGCAACAGAUCAGGCAUCGUGCUGUGCGGCAGAAGCGAGGCGCGCCGGCCGGAGGACCGCUCGCUGGCGGUGUACGGGGCGCGCAGCGGCCGCAGCGACACCGUCUGGCAGAUGGAGCUGAAGGACGGCCUGUGGACGGCCUACGUCUGCUGUUGCGACUCCACCGACCGCAGCGACGAGGGACACCCGCGCCGGCACCGCGGCCAGGACCCCAAAGAGUUCCCGCGCGCCGCCCUGCCCGACGACGACGACAACAAUACUCAGGAUGAUGAUGAAAUUAUAAUGAAGACAACACAAUACCCAGUCCUUGAGCGGAGAGACAAUGCACUGCCCGGAACUAGAGGCACCAACGCUUCUGCUGUGGAGGAGCACACGGGCCCUUGGAUAGAGCAGCAGAGGCCGUCGCUGGCCCCGAGGAACCGCGAGGAGCGGCCGCCAGUCAAGGACUCUGCCGGCACGGAGGAGGGGGCGGAGGCGGGGGCGGAGGAAAAGGAGGCCGCGGAGUGGCGGGCGCGCCCCGGCAAGCGGCCCCCGGGCAGCGUGCAGCCCGCGCCGCUGCUGCCGCCCUCGGACCGCAGCCGCUCGCCACCCCCGCCGCCCCCACCCAAGAAGAAGCAGACCACGACGCCGUCCCCGCCGCACACCGUCGCCGACUCCAGGGUGGCGGCUGAUGGCGGUCACGGUGCCUCCACCACGACAGUAGCCAGUGCCGUGACUGGCGCCAGGACGACGCCACCGCCCCCCACGCCCAGCAGCGUGUCCAGAGGCGCUACCACGGCGACAUCUUCCAGCGCGGCCACCCCUACGCGGCAGAGCACGGCUGCCACCACACCCGCGGACUGCGAGUUCUCUGACGAGGACGAGCCCCCGCCGUGCGCGCACCACCAGCGCCCCGAGGCGGCUCCCGCCCCUCUGCCGCGGCCCCCGCAGCCGCAGCAGCAGCAGCAGGCCUUCUGCCCGGACUUCGACAGCCAGGAGCGCUCCGGGGCGCCCGGCGCGCAGCCCAUCGCGUGGUGCGACACCCGCCGCGAGCUGUUGGCAGCCCUGGACCUGCGCGGCUCGCCGCUGCGCCUCUGGCAGUUCGACCUCAGGACUUCACACUGGACGCAGCACCAGGUGCUGGUGGAGAACGGCUCGCUGUGGCCGGGCUGCGCGGACGGCAGCGCGCGCCACGCGUCCAGCGGGGACGCGGUGUACGUGGUGUGCGCGCCGUACGGCUCGUCCUUCCCCACGUCGACGCGCCUCGUCUACCAGCUGUGGGGGGCGACGGGCGCGGGGCCCGGCGCCAUACGCGCCCUGGGGCAGCUGCAGCUCGACGCCGCCUUCGAGGAGCCGGCCGGCGCCGACAUCUGGAUGGACGAGACGCGCACCGUGCUACAGGUCACUACAGUACCCACAGAAGAUUCGGGACAUGGGUUAAGCGAUGGUGCAAAUACAUAUUUUGAUGAAGACUGUGGUGACUGCCAACUCUGUCUAGAAGAAGUAACGCCAACUACUAGCUUUGCUUGCACUAUAUUGGCCGGGGAGAUCGGCGGCUCGCGGACACUGCUGCUGGUGGCGUACAAGGACACAGUACACCUCUGGCUGAGGGAGCGCACCGGCGGCUUCUGGCCCGUCGAGCUCAAGUGGCAGGGCGCCGCCUACAAGUGGUUCCGCUCCUUCAGCUCACCGCUCUACCACUUCAGCAUCAUGGGACACCCCUGGGUCAUUCCCAAUCCCAGGGAUUUGCAGGCGCAGGACUAUUGGCCAGUGGAGCGGGGCCGCUUCGUGGUGCGCAUCGUGGACACUAGCGACGCCAACGCGUCUCCGCACGGCGCGGGCGAUGUGCACGUGGCGCCUCCCCCCGCGCUGCCUCCGCCGCCGUCACUGCACGUGUCACCCCCUCUGGCGCAGCCGCCGGCGCAGCCCUCCAACGGCGUUAAGGCCAUCGUCUUCUUCGGCCUCUCGCUGUCCAUCUUCUCGGUCUUCGGCGCCGCCGUCUUCGUGCGCCGCUGCGUCACGUGUCCGCCGGCGCGCCGCGACGCAGACUCGAAAGGCGUGGGCGGGCUGGCCGGCGUCGGAUUGGGCGGCGGCUCCUCCAAUCAGGCGCCAGUCGUGCGCUACAGCGCCAUCCCUGACGACCUCGGCUACCCUGCAGCCUAG